AUGAAUUCCAGCCUGGGAGAGUGGAAUGCUACAGAGGACAAUUAUGAAUAUAACAAUACCAAUGACUCAUAUGUGUAUGCAGAAGGGAACACCGAUUUUGUUUUACGAUGGAAUGUGUGGAUAAGCAUUUCUUUCAUUACCUGUUGUAUUGGAUUGGUGGGCAAUGGCUACAUAAUUUGGCUACUUGGCUUCCAGAUUAAGAGGAACUGUUUCACCACAUUCAUCCUUAACUUGGCCGUUGCAGACUUUGGGUUUCUCACAUGUGCAUUUAUACAUCAUAUCCAUCCCUUUACCAAUUUUCUAGAAUGCAACAUUUUCUACCACGUCUUUAACUAUUUCACCCGAGUGAUGCUCAUCAAUACAAAUUUUCUUCUGGCGGCCAUCAGCAUUGACCGGUGUGUGGCUAUCCUCUUCCCAAUCUGGCAUCGCUGCUCCCGGCCAAACCAUUUGUCUUCUGUUGUCUGUGCUUUCCUCUGGAUUUCCUGUUUCCUCCUGAGUGGAAUUAUCAGUGUUAUGGAAAUCUUUCUAAAGAGCUUCCAUUCAAAAAGAUUUUCAGAGAUUUAUAACAGAUUAAUGAUGAACUCCAGCCAGGAAGAUGUGGAUGCUGCAGAGAUCUAUUACAGGAAUAACUAUACAAAUGACUCAUAUGAGAAUGCAAGGGAGAUCACCGCUUUUUCAGAAUGGAUUCUUUGGAAAGGCCUUACUUUAAUUACCUGCUGUGUUGGCUUGGUGGGCAAUGGCUACAUCAUCUGGCUACUUGGCUUCCAGAUUAGGAGAAACUGCUUCACUACAUUCAUUCUUAACUUGGCCAUUGCAGACUUUGGGGUCUCCCUGGCCGAUGGCACCGAAUGGAGGCGCCACGUGGAUCAGUUAAGAAGAAGACUGCCUCCCAAGACCAGCACCGCAACUGAUCCAACGGCCCUGGACACCACCGCCCUCCAGCCGGUCACCGCAAACCUGUGGCCAUCGGCCAACAACUCCCAGUUCGAGGCCUUUCCCCAACCAGACGUCUCCUACCCUACUGCCGCCAGCUGGCAACCUUCCCUAGUUGACUCUCAACCUGAGUUCACAGCCGUCUAUCCCCACGUUGAGGCCUUCCCACAGUCAGGCCUCUCCUACCCAUUUCCAUGUUCUUCUCAAACCAUUCCGGCACCCCCCCCUCCCGGUUUCCGAAGCCUUGUUCCUCCGGCCCUAUACAGCCUGCAUAACCCGACCGCUGCCUACCGGUACUGUACUCCUUUCCCCAGCACCGCGCCUCCACGGCCCGGCCUACCUCAGUCGUUGCACCCGCCUUCUGGGCCUGUCCAAGAUGGUGUCACUCAUAGCUCAACUCCCUUUGGGGAGGAGCUACCACGAGCAUGA